AUGAGAGACCCUGGAAACAAGAUUACACAGAAGCAGACAGUGACAGAAAAGGAGAUUCAGCAACAGCUGGACCAAGAGGGUGACAUAACCAGGAAAGAGGAUGUGGAUAAAUUAUUCAGUGGUCAAUGUAUUGAUGCUGUGUUCCACAGUGCAUCAUAUGGAAUGUCUGGAAGGGAACAAUUAAACAGGGAACAGAUAGAGAAGGUCAAUAUUCUAGGAACCAAGCAUGUUAUUGAAGCCUGCUGCCAGUAUAAUGUGGCUCAUCUAGUUUAUACGAGCACUUACAAUGUGGUUUUUGGUGGACAGGUUAUUAGAAAUGGCGAUGAAUCUUUACCUUACUUACCUCUAUACAAGCAUCCUGAUCAUUAUUCCAGAACAAAGUCUAUAGCUGAACAAUUUGUUUUAAUUGCCAAUGGUUCAAAUCUGCAAGGUGAGUUUUACAUGCACAACUGUUUCCUGAGAAAUCUCCUGAGGCAAUUGAUGGUAGGAAAAGAUGCAACCGUUAAUUCAGCAGAGUUUUCAUACAUUGAGAGAGGACUUUUUGUCUUCACAUUUGGUCAGGAUGGUGCUGUUGUUGACUUUGUACAUGUUAAUAAUUUGGUUGAAGCUCAUAUUUUGGCAGGAAAAGCUCUCAUGGAAGCUAAUUCAACAGCUGCAGGAGAAGCAUAUUUUAUAUCUGACAACUCACCAAUUAACAAUUUUGAGUUCUUCAGACCUUUAACUGAAGGUCUGGGAUGCACCAUGCCCAAGUUAAAGGUACCAAUUACUCUGGUCUAUUUGGUUGCAUUCCUAACAGAGUUGGUUCACUCAGUGGUAGGAAAAUAUAUUUAUAACUUCCAACCAUUCCUUACAAGAGCAGAGGUAUACAAAUCAGGAGUAACACAUUACUUUAGUAUGAAGAAAGCCUGUGAUGAUAUUGGUUACAAUCCACAGAAAUAUACACUUGAUGGAGUAACAGAACAUUUCAAAAAGAAUGGCCAGGGAAGACAGAAGCAGCAUUCUCAUCUUCUAUAUUAUUUAGUUAAUAUUGUCAUAGGAAUUAUAUUCACUUGUUUGCUUCUGGCCUGGCUUCCUAGAGUAGGUAACUGGCAAGUUGCCAGUAGUUUCUAGUUUCAUUAUUAGUGGUAUUAUAAAUUGUGUACUUGAUUGGGUCUGAUGAUCUCUUGUUCUUCCAAUAACUAUUUUUAUAAGAUCAACAUUUUGUUGAUGAAUUUACUGAGGAAAUGCAAUCAGUUUCAGUUACAAGCCUUUUAUUUGUCGAUCAGCUGGCUGGUGCUUGACUUGAAUUUUGAUACUUUUUCUUUGACAAGGCAUGAAAACUGAGUUGAUAAUCCUUAUUUGAGUUCCCCACAUGUGCACAAAUUAGCAAUGUUGCUUCCACAUGCAAACCAAAGAUGGCAGAGAAAGAAGCUUAAAUUUGAUAGCUUUGUGGGACAAAACAGCCAAUUCAUUAGCACUUGGCUGCUGUCAUUAUUCAAUUAGAUUAUUUAAUUGAGAUCAGUUUGUGCAAGUUUGCCUGCUGACUAUGUCUGCCAAACCAAAGAGUCUUUAUCACUGGUAGGAAUGUGGACAUAACGUCCAUGACUGAUGGAAUUGAGUGCCAAUUGUUGCAUUACUUAUUGCCACAAAAGGCAGCCACGAAGGCAAAAGACAACAGCAUACACAGUACAGGUUUCAACACCAUCUUCCCGUGCUCGCAUUACCCUGGAUGUAUACUUUUACAUGUACAAAUGUACAACCACUGUCUUAAUAUACUACAAUUGACUUUCCAGAAGUUCACUGCUUGCAAAAAGAAAAACAUGUACUCUUUACGAUCCCAUUAAUGUUUCCAUGAUAAAUCUUGAUCUUGUCCCAUAGGAUUGGAACCUGCACUGUUUCCCAGGCCCCACCAUGGGGAAUUUUUUGGUAAUUAGCUAACUAACCAAGGAGCAUUUUCCUAGUGGGAGGUGGAGGGGAUGAGCUUGGAAUUUAUGCAGACAUUAUUUUGCCGUGGCUAGUGUCUUAGAAUCAACCAAACUGACGAGAUUGGCCACAUGCGAGCACUGGACUUAAAUUUUAGAGGUGGUUACAAUUAAAGUGGCAAUAGAUUUUUGGAAUAAACAUUGAUACCAUUAUCAACAAAUAACAUUUUAUUGUGGUCAUUGAAAUUUAUGAAAAGUGAUUUUGUUGUCUUCUAAUCUGUUUUAUUGUUACAGAAAAUAUCCAUACCCCUAUGGAAGGGUUUUUGG